ACACAGGUGGCUGUGACAGUAGCUGCCAUGCGCGGGGAAUCUUCCCUCCCGCGCAUGCGCUCUGAGCCCUGGCCCGGCGGCUGGGUAGUUAGCUCUGCGCCGGCAGCUGCUCCGAGCGCCGGCCCAGCGCCCCGGCCCUGCCGCUGGACGGGGCCGCUCGGUCUGACAUGAGGCCGUGAGCCUGCGCCGCUGCUGGCUGAGAGACACGAGGUAGAAGUGGCUAGUUCCAUUAUGUGUGCGUCAGCCAAAUAUAACACCCGGGGUCCAGCCCUCAUCCCAAGAAUGAAGACCAAGCACCGCAUCUACUACAUCACACUUUUUUCCAUUGUCCUGCUUGGCCUUAUAGCCACAGGUAUGUUCCAGUUCUGGCCACACUCCAUUGAGUCAUCCAGUGACUGGACAGUGGAGAAGCGCAGUGUCCAUGAUGUGCCUCUAGUCAAGCUUCCUGCUGACAGCCCCAUCCCAGAACGGGGAGACCUCAGCUGUAGGAUGCACACCUGCUUUGAUGUCUAUCGCUGUGGCUUCAACCCCAAAAACAAGAUCAAGGUCUAUAUCUAUUCACUGAAGAAAUAUGUGGAUGAGUAUGGGAUGCUGGUUAGCAACACUAUCUCUCGGGAGUACAACGAGCUGCUGACUGCUAUCUCUGACAGUGACUUCUACACAGAUGAUGUCAACCGGGCCUGCCUCUUUGUGCCGUCCAUAGAUGUGCUGAACCAGAACACGCUCCGCAUCAAGGAAACUGCUCAAGCCUUGGCACAGUUAUCCAGGUGGGAUCGAGGCACAAACCAUCUGCUGUUCAACAUGCUACCUGGGGGGCCACCUGACUACAACACAGCACUGGAUGUUCCCAGAGAUAGAGCCCUGUUGGCUGGAGGAGGAUUCUCCACAUGGACCUAUCGACAAGGCUACGAUGUCAGUAUUCCUGUUUACAGCCCUCUGUCUGCAGAGGUGGAGCUGCCAGAAAGGGGACCAGGUCCUCGUAGGUACUUCAUCCUGUCAUCCCAAAUGGCUCUUCACCCAGAAUACCGUUCUGACUUGGAGGCUCUUCAGGCUGAGAACGGAGAGUCUGUGCUGAUCCUGGAUAAGUGCACAAAUCUGUCAGAGGGAGUUCCUUCUGUUCGUAAACGUUGUCACAAGAACCAGGUCUUUGAUUACCCUCAGGUGCUUCAGGAAGCCACAUUCUGCAUUGUUCUGCGUGGUGCUCGCUUGGGACAAGCUGUGCUAAGUGACAUACUUCAGGCUGGCUGUGUGCCUAUUGUUAUUGCUGACUCCUAUAUUUUGCCUUUCUCUGAAGUUCUGGACUGGAAGAGAGCCUCUGUUGUGAUACCUGAAGAAAAGAUGCCUGAAAUGUACAGCAUUCUGCAAAGCAUUCCCCAGCGGCAGAUUGAGGAGAUGCAAAGACAGGCAAGGUGGUUCUGGGAAGCGUAUUUUCGGUCAAUGAAAGCUAUUGCUCUGGCCACCCUUCAGAUUAUCAAUGACAGGAUAUACCCAUAUGCGGCCAUGUCUUAUGAAGAAUGGAAUGAUCCCCCAGCUGUUAAAUGGAGCAGUGUGAGCAACCCACUCUUCCUUCCAUUAAUCCCACCACAGUCUCAAGGCUUCACUGCUAUAGUCCUGACAUAUGACAGGGUGGAAAGCCUCUUCCGAGUCAUCACUGAGGUGUCCAAGGUGCCCAGUCUAUCCAAGCUGUUAGUUGUCUGGAACAAUCAGAAUAAGAAUCCACCAGAAGACUCUCUAUGGCCAAAGAUUCGGGUUCCGCUGAAGGUUGUGAAGACCACAGAAAACAAGCUUAGUAACCGCUUCUUCCCCUAUGAUGAGAUUGAAACGGAGGCAGUCUUGGCCAUUGAUGAUGAUAUCAUCAUGUUGACGUCAGAUGAACUGCAGUUUGGUUAUGAGGUUUGGCGGGAGUUUCCUGACAGGCUGGUUGGGUAUCCAGGUCGCCUGCAUCUGUGGGACCAUGAGAUGAACAAAUGGAAGUAUGAAUCAGAGUGGACCAAUGAAGUCUCCAUGGUGCUUACUGGAGCAGCUUUUUAUCACAAGUAUUUUAACUACCUUUACACCUACAAAAUGCCUGGAGACAUCAAGAACUGGGUGGACGCCCACAUGAAUUGUGAAGAUAUCGCCAUGAAUUUUCUAGUGGCAAAUGUUACUGGCAAAGCAGUUAUUAAGGUGACCCCACGAAAGAAGUUUAAAUGUCCAGAGUGCACAGCCAUAGAUGGAUUGUCAUUGGACCAGACACACAUGGUGGAAAGGUCCGAAUGCAUCAAUAAGUUUGCCUCUGUCUUUGGGACCAUGCCCCUGAAAGUGGUGGAGCAUCGUGCUGAUCCUGUCCUGUACAAAGAUGACUUCCCUGAGAAACUGAAGAGCUUCCCCAAUAUCGGCAGCUUGUAAAAGGCAGCUUGGCGGCAAACUUGAAUAUAAAAAACAGUGAGAGAAAAAAGAUGAGCAGUGCUAAGAUGAGCCUGAGGCCUUGAAGGAAAAUGCCAGCGUGUGGGUUAUAACUGAGGGGAAGGGGAUUAAUGCCAGGUUCUGAUAUAUUAGUCCGUCCUUCACAAUACACAGAACAGUAAUGCAGAGCACAGAAGCUAUUUCUGUAUUACAGACAAAUACAGGACAGGCUCUAUGCUUGAAUCUACUGAAAAUGCCAAAUGCUUUUUUCCAGUGGAAGUUGCUUAUACGGAAGAAUAGAGCAGAAUCUUGCUGUGUAAGGGUGCCUUACAUGACUCACCUGUUCCGUUAAAUACACUCUUUUAGUUUGAUGCAAUCACCAGUAUAAAUGCAAACUGCUUUCAAUACUGGCUACAAUAUGUAUCCAGCCUGUUUUUCCCCCUAUGAGGAUGGCAUGCCUACCUCCAUUGAGGUUAGUUGUUGGCUUUAAGUAAUUGAGCAACAAAGAUCCCUGCCUGGCUUUUUUGCUUAGCAAGAAAAAUGCUUUUCUUAAAAAAAAUAAAAAAUAUAAUACAAUCUUUUGUCAUAGGGUUUAGGGGGCUAAACAUUUUUGCAUUAAAUGAAAAAUAUUUCAGUGGGAAUUGACACAGAUCACAGCCAAUGGGACGGUCUCCUUAAUUUAAAGACUUAGGGUACGUCUACACUACCUGCCAGAUCGGCAGGUAGCGAUCGAUCUAUCGGGGAUCGAUUUAUCGCGUCUACUGUAGACGUGAUAAAUUGAUCGCUGAUUGCUCUGCCAUCGACUCCUGUACUCCACCGCAGCAAAAGGCGGAAGCGGAGUCAAUGGGAGAGCGGCGGCAGUUGACCCCGCACCGUGAGGAUGCGAGGUAAGUCGACCUAAGGUACGUCAACUUCAGCCACGCUAUUCUCGUAGCUGAAGUUGCGUAUCUUAGGUCGAUUCCCCCCCCUCCCCCCCCCCCCCCCCGAGCCCCCUUCCUCCAGUGUAGACCAGGCCUUAGACUAUCCCUACCAUCACUACACCUCUCAUAUGUGUGUAUAAACCUCAGGUAUUCUGCUAUACUCAUAGAAGCGAAGUCCAUUCAAUAUAAAAGACAUUUUAUGGAGAGGAAAAUGUAUCUUCUGGCCUUACUAUGUUUUUGCUAUCCCCAAAGCUCGCUCUUAUCAAGGUGGAACAGUUGUUUGUUCAUUUGGCGUACCCAUGUACUGGGGUAACAGCUAAGAUGCAUGUUUGUAUAUGUGAACCCUCUUCAGAAAACAAUGUGCUGUAGGAUAGAUUGUCAUACACCUCCAUCUGCAGGACUUCCACUUUACAGCUGGUGUGUGUAUGUGGAAUAUAUUAAUAACACAUACUUAGCAAGCAAACCCACACAAGCUGCUCUCAUUUGAAAAAUUGCCAAGUGUUAGCCUGUGAUUAACCUAGAGAACGCAGUGCCACAGGAUCUUACUUGAACAAAUGGCUUAGUAUAAUUUUUAAAGGUUAGACAUUUGUUAUGGUGAGUCAAGCUGUUUCUCCAUGGUUAAAGUUGAUCUGAAUAUUAUCUGUCUACACUAGAGACAACAAAAUUUUCAAGGAUGAUCAGUCCUCGUGCUCCAGCAUAUAAACUGAUCCCAAGCUGGAACCAGAGAGGAAGUCUCCUCUUUACCCAAAUGGUAUAGUGUCCAUCUAUUUGGUGCAUUAUGGGCAGUUUGCACUUUCCUUACUAAGCAAACUGUUGGAGGCAUCAUAUUUGAUGGACAAUCUUUCUGUUACAGUAUGACCAUUCUUAUAGUUCUGCCAAACCCCAAACAGCAGGGCAAGUGUUAGCACUCUUAGUUCAUCCCUCUGCCUUGAGAGUGACAGGCAGCAAUGGCAAAAAUCAAAUGGAAGUCAGGCCAGAAACAGGAAACAUCUGCUCCCUGUUUCUGUCACCCCAGUAAAACUUCCCUCAUUGCCCAACACCGUGGAGGUGUUGGGAAUGAGAAGCUUGUUAGAACAGUAGCUGUGUGGGGAUACUUCAAUUUAGAACUCCCAAGGGAAGUGUCUAUAAACCAGAGGUGGGCAAACUACGGCCUGCUGGCCACAUCCAACCCACGGGACCCUCCUCCCCGGCCCCUGAGCUCCUGGCCCAGGAGGCUAGCGCCUGACGCCUCCCCUGCUGCCUCCCCUCCCGCGCAGCCUCAGCACCCCGCGCUGCUGGCGCAACGCUCUGGGCGGCUAGGCAGCACAGUUGCAGAGCCGUAGCCUGACCUGGUGCUCUGGGCGGUGUGGCUGUAGCACCACCAGCCACCGGUACUCCAGGCAGCACGGUAAGGAGGCAGGGGGGGUUGGAUAGAGGGCAGGGGAGUUCGGGGGUGUGGAUUGGGGUCGGGGCGGUCAGAGAACGGGGAACAGGGGGCUUGUAUGGGGCAGAGGUCCCGGGGGGGCAGUUAGGAGUGGGGGGAGGGUUGGAUGGGGCAGCAGGGGCAGUCAGGGGUGGAGGAUCCGGGAGUGGUCAGGGGACAGGGAAUGGAAGGUUAGAUGGGGCAGGAAUCCCGGGGGAGCUGUCAGGGGGCGAGAAGUGGGGGGGUUGGAUAGGAGGCGAGGGCCAGGCCACUCCUGGCUGUUUGGGGAGACACAGCCUCCCCUAACCGGCCCUCCAUACAAUUUUGGAAACCCGAUGUGGCCCUCAGGCCAAAAAGUUUGCCCACUCCUGCUGUAAACUAAAUUCUCGCAUUCUUGGGAAUGUUUUAAUUACCGAUAAAUUCUAGGACUUGUUUCUAGGACCUUGCAGUCUUUGCUGUGUUCUGACUGUGCUGUGGGGGAUGGUAGUAGGCAAUGGCGGGGAUAGCUGUCCCGGUGAUGGUAAUGCUAAUGACUUUUUGCAUACAGGGGGUACCACUGGGUGAGGAACACUGUUUCUCUGCUGCUGAGCAGUUCUUCCCUGCAGCCUCCACACAUGCACUUACUUCCUGAGUCUGUUAGUUUAUGUCUGAAUUAUGUCCUUGUCCCACAGACUGCAGCUCACUUUCCAUUAAGCAGCUUGUUUUUAAAAGGGAAAUUAUGACAGCAUAAUAUGCUACUGAAUUGACCCAGAGGUGGGGGGGUCUCAGGAUGGCAGAGGUUUGGGAGUGUUCCAGAGAGAGAACUUCUCCCCUGCACACAGUCUUGAAACUGCUGCAACCUAGUAGUUCCUUCUCAAGUUCAUAGGCAAAGGGUGCGUGUAGUUUUUGCACAAACACUUAUAGCACAAGGCAGAUUUCAGACUGGGGGGAAUAUGACGGCCUAGAAAUAGAAGUGGUGGGUGGUAGCCUGACAAAGAAGAGCUCUGUUUAGCUCGAAAGCUUGUCUCUCUCACCAGCAGAAGUUGAUCCAAUAAAAAAUUUUACCUCACCCACCUUGUCUCUCUGAAACCCACCUAAAGUCAUCUCUAGGUUUGACACUAAGUGGGCAACAGCCCCUCAUGACCAAGAUCUUUUGUGCUUGAGCAAGUGUAUCUUCCUUGAUAAGCCCAAGAGCCAUUACGUCAAUUAACCUGUCACAUUUUGUCCUGCAUCAUUUCACAGGUGUUUAUAUUCCAAGCUCUAUUUAAUGACGGUAUGUCUCCGUUCUGUGGUAUGGAAAGUGACCAGAAUAUAAAGUUGGGGAGCUGUCUAAGUCUAUAAGCUGGGCCACUUCCUCAACCCAUUUAUAAUUGUUGUGUUUGUUUCUGAAAACGAUUCAAAAACUGUAAAAUAGCAAAGUGUGUGUGAGAGAGAAUUGGGAUGAUUCUAUUGUCCGUCAUUAAAUUAAGAGAAUUGUUAACUGUUCAGCUUGUAUGUUUUAUUAAAAAAAUUAGCUCAAAAGUA